AAUAGCCACUUCCAGAGAGCAGUACUCCCGGGAACUUCCGUGUGUGCAAUGGACAAGGAUCCCGGGAUCUGGGCCCUGCUGGAGCGGGCACCAAUUGACUGGACGGAGCCAUGGCUGAUAGGACUCUUUGCAUUCCACAUAUUGUGCUUCGCAGUCACCUGCAUUUCCUUUAAAUAUUACAGACUUCAGAUUGCUCACUUUCUGCUGAUGGUUUUAUUAGUGAGCUGUGCAGAAUACAUCAAUGAAUUUGCAGCUUUUAAUUGGAGGUCAUUUUCAAAACAGCAAUACUUUGAUUCCACCGGGAUGUUUAUUUCUUUGGUACUUUCAGCACCAUUGCUAUGUAAUGCAAUAAUCAUUGUGAUUCAUUGGGUAUACAAAACAUUGUCAGUCAUGACCGAACUAAAAGUGGUGCAGCGGAAAAGAAAGGAGGCAAGGAAAAAGCAAAAUAAAUCUGAGUAAUUGCGUGCAUUGAGGUUUACGGAAACAGCUUUACACAAGAACAUGAUGCCCAUAUCCAUUGUGACAGAGAAGCUCCUGGUACACAAAUGUUGACAUGGGGAUAUUGACAUGUUCUGAAAGGGAGCAAAUUCAGACUGUUUUUAAAGUUUAUAUUUUUAUUUGUAUUUUAAAUACAACUUGGUGUUUUUAAACAUGA